AGCGUCACUUUCUAUGCUGACUCAAGAGUUGUCGCUAGGCGAUAGAAAAAUAAGAUAUUUUAGCCGUUUUGUAUUUUAGUUUUCUAUACAAAGAUGGCUGAAUCCUGUGGACAACCAAGACUCUUAUUACUUGUUUUUAGCAGCAGCAAACCUAGAGCUUCAAAUUGCAGCCAUGGCUCCACAAACUCCAAGGCUGGUGGUACCCAUAGAUGUGAAGAAACGGCCAUGGGAACAGAGGCUUCCCCUCCAUAAUCGCUGGCACCCUCACAUACCACCUGUCGCAGAUGUAACGGAAGGCGAGAUCUUUAGAGUCGAGAUGGUAGACUGGACUGGGGGUCGAAUAGGCGAUAACAAUUCCGCUGCAGACGUCAAAACUGUGGACCUCACUGUUACCCAUUAUCUUAGUGGGCCCUUGAGAGUUUUAGAUGCAAAAGGAGUUGCAGCGAAGCCUGGUGACCUUCUUGCUGUUGAAAUCUGCAACUUAGGUCCACUUCCAGGUGAUGAAUGGGGUUUUACGGCAACAUUUGAUAGAGAAAACGGUGGUGGCUUCUUAACCGACCACUUCCCUUCCGCAACGAAAGCAAUUUGGUAUUUUGAAGGAAUAUACGCAUACUCCCCACAUAUUCCAGGUGUUCGCUUUCCAGGUUUAACUCACCCUGGGAUAGUUGGAACUGCACCUUCACCCGAACUUCUGUCAAUUUGGAAUGAAAGGGAAAAGAAAUUAGCAGAAGAUGGCGCUGGGUCUCUGACACUAUGCGAAGUCUUGCAUCAACGGCCGCUUGCAAGCCUGCCAACUGCAAAGAAUUGCCUUCUUGGAUUGAUUGAAGAAGGAACACCAGAAUGGGAAAGGAUUGCAAAUGAGGCUGCAAGGACGAUACCUGGAAGGGAGAAUGGAGGGAAUUGUGACAUCAAAAAUCUCAGUAGGGGUUCCAAAGUAUAUCUUCCAGUAUUCGUAGAUGGAGCAAAUCUUAGUACCGGCGACAUGCACUUCUCUCAGGGUGAUGGUGAAGUUUCAUUUUGCGGAGCAAUAGAGAUGAGCGGAUUCCUUGAGCUCAAGUGUGAGAUCUUAAGAGGAGGAAUGAGAGAGUAUCUAACACCCAUGGGCCCCACCCAACUGCAUGUGAACCCAAUCUUUGAGAUAGGGCCUAUGGAGCCUAGGUUCUCAGAGUGGUUAGUCUUUGAGGGCAUCAGUGUGGAUGAGGCUGGGCGGCAGCACUACCUUGAUGCAACAGUUGCCUACAAGCGUGCAGUCCUCAAUGCCAUCGACUACCUCUCAAAAUUUGGAUACUCCAAAGAGCAGGUUUAUCUACUACUAUCUUGCUGCCCAUGCGAAGGGAGGAUUUCAGGAAUUGUGGACUCGCCCAAUGCCGUUGCAACCCUUGCCAUCCCUAUUGCCAUUUUUGAUCAGUACGACUAUGAUGCAAUGGGAGCAAAGGACAUACGGCCAAAAUCUGGGAAAGUACCAGCAGGACCCCGAAUUGUGAAGAGAACACCAGAUGUCCUAAAGUGCACAUAUGAUGGAAAUUUGCCCAUCACACCAAAUCCAGGGGCAGAAAAAAAGUCUACUUAGUGAUGAUCGAUGCCGUUGUUUUGUAUUAAUUUGUGGAUUGAAGGUAGCUCCUGAUACAGUUCCUAGUUCUACUGUGGUCAAUUGCCUCAUGCAUGAGUUGCUACUUGCUCCCUUUCAGAAGGAAAAAAACCAGGGUUCAAAAAUAUUAUUGUUAAAUGUGGCAUAUUUCCCUUAUGGUAAACGUAAAAUUUUAUUCUCUGUUGCCGAACUAUGGUAGUUAUUUAAAUCAAUAAAAAUACUUUGACCAUUGA